AUGAAGACUUCAUAUGCCCCCAUUGUCUCUAUUCUCUGUGUCGGAGCCUAUUCCUACAACUCUCAGCAAGCCCUUGGCUCAGUCGAUGUUCUUGGGACUUCAUACGAAUGCAAAAACGGUGGCACACCUACCCUAGAGUGUACCGAUUCCUCUACAGUUCCGAUCUGUUCGUGCGCUUGUUCAAACGGCAUCACUUUCAAC